AUGCAGGAAGGUCACUUAAAGCCAGUUAUGGCCUCCCAUAAAGGGCCCCUCCUUAAGAAGAUUAGCCUGGAAUGCAGCAGGGUGGGGACAAAUGGUAGUCUGUGUUCAAGGGAUUUACAAAAGCAAGACUCUGCCGGAGAUGCUCUCCAUGAGUGUGACUCACAGGGACCAAGUAAAGACACCUUGGUUCAUGCAGGGAAAACCCUCUACAAAUGCAAAGAAUGAGGAAACGCAUUUAAAAAGAAUUGCCUUCUUAUUCGACAUCAGCUGAUUCACACCAGAGUAAAGCCUUAUGAAUGCCAGGAGUGUGUGAAAACCUUUCUUAAAAAGGUAGACUUUAUGCAGCACAGGAGGAUUCACACUGGGGAGAAGCCCUAUAAGUGUGUAGAGUGUGAGAAGGUCUUCAGCUGUAGGACACACCUUGUGUACCACCAGCAGAUUCCCACUAGCCAGAAGCCCUAUGAGUAUAGUGAAGGUGGAAAGACUUUCAAACACCACUCUGUUUUUGCCUAGCAUAACAAGACCCACACUGGAGAAAAACCCUUUUGUUUCAGAGAAUGUGGGAAAGCCUUUUACUAUAACUCUUCCUUAAAUCGACAGGUGAAAAUUCACACCAGGGAGAAGCCCUACAAAUGCGGUGAAUGUGGAAAGACCUUCACCUACUACUCAGUUUAAUUCCAACAUGGUGUGACCCAUGGUACACAAAAGCCCUAUGAGUGUAAAGACUGUGGGAAAGGUUUUUACUACAGCUAUUCCCUCACUCGACACAUGAGGAGUCACACUGGAGAGAAGCCCUACGAGUGCAGGGAAUGUGGAAAGGCCUUUGCCCACCACUCUGCUUUUGAGAGCCACACUGGAGGGAAAAAAAAAAAAAAGAACUGUCACAUGCAAAUAACAUGGGAAAUCCUUUUGUGA